AUGGCGUCUGCAGAAGGUAAGUUUGUUUUCUUCCUGGCGUUCAUUUCUCUAACACAUCUACAAGGCGUGAUCUCUGCGGAUACCACGGACGAGGAUAUAGCAUUCGGAACUGGGACCCAGCAGGCGUUAAAAGUAGGAACUGCAAAACCUCGUAGAUAUCUAUUGUAUGAUGUGAAUCCUGGAGAAGGUUUUAAUCUAAGGCGAGACGUUUACAUGAGAGUCGCUAAUUUGGUGAAAAAACUACAAGAUCAUCAAGAUUGGACAUUAGUUUUACCGCCAUGGGGGAGAAUAUAUCACUGGCAAUCCCGACAUAUAGCACAAAUGAAAAUUGCCUGGUCGCUAUUCUUUGAUUUAGAUAGUAUGAAUAAACAUGUUCCAGUUAUAGAAUUUGAACAGUUUUUAAAAGAGACGGGGCAAUCUAAAAUAGAUGAACUAUACUAUUUGCAAAGAUACAAAGAAGGAUGGACAGAUGGUAAAUGGGAAGAAAAAUUGGAUGAAAGAGAUUGUAUUGAUACACCAGUCUAUAAAAAGGAUUCUUCAGGACUGUAUAGAGGAUUUUUCUGGGGUUACCAAGAUGUAUAUGCAGAGAAAUUUAAAUGUUUAUCAGCGCAGGGUUUCGCUGGAAUUUUAGCACCAUUUUUAUUAGAAAAUACAACAGCAAGAUCAGUAAUGUUUGACCGAGCGGAAACUGUCAUGCAUGAUAGAUUUGGAGGUAAAGACUACUGGGAUGCGCGACGCAGUAUGAGAUUUUCAAAAGACCUUAGAGACAUUGCAGAUAAGUUCAGAAAAGAAUAUCUAGAUUCAGAUGAUGAAAGAGACAAUACUGUGUUACUAGAUGACUGGAGAGACAUGAAGCCAGACCCAGGCAGUGCCAUCGGUGGACCAUACAUGGCUGUACAUCUAAGAAGAAAAGAUUUUGUACACAGUCAUAAAAAAGAUGUCCCAUCAUUAAAAGAAGCUGCCAAACAAAUUAAAAAAGUAUUGAAGAAAGAGAAAUUAGACAAAUUAUUCGUAGCAACGGACGCACCAAAAGUAGAGCUAGAUGAACUAAAGAAAUUAAUGAAAGGCAAAGCUACAGUGUACAACUUUGAGCCAACUAAAGACNNNNAUGAGAAAUAUAAAGAUGGUGGUGUAGCUAUAAUAGACCAAUGGAUAUGUACACAUGCAAGGUAUUUCAUGGGUACGUCUGUUUCUACAUUUUCGUUUCGCAUUCACGAUGAAAGAGAAAUACUGGGAUUUAAUCCAAAAAAAACGUACAACCGAUUUUGUGGUGAUGGACAGAGUAAGGAAGACUGUGAGCAGCCAACACACUGGAAGAUAGAAUACUGAUCCAAACUUUGCAUCUAGUAACGCUGUGGGGGAGGAGUUGUUAGAAUUCUGUGUAAACUGAUUAUUUGAAUGAGUUUUCAUUUUGACUAUUUUUAAAGAAACCAAUUAUUGCCAUUUAUGAAUGAGGAGAAUGUAUUAAAUCUUUGAGUCAAUGCAAAGCUACAUACAAGAUUGUACCUGAUUGGAUACCCAACCAUAAUACCUAACAGUCAGACCAAUCAGACAGCAGCUUGUUUGUCGCCAGGUUUUUUCGACAUAUCAUAUUCUGCCUUGUAUACAAAAUGUAUGUCUCGACUGAGAAUCGAUGAAUGUACCCUGUCUCUGAAUUCCCGACAACAGAACUAGUGUUAGUUAUAUUACAUGUAUAAUGAGAAUGCAUUACUGCAUUAUUCUCAUUGCUAAAAUGUAAAUACAUUAUAUAUAUCCAGUUGUGUUGGUGAGAAUUCUGUGAUUAAGUGUGUUUUCACCAACACAUCCAAUUCCAACUGUAUAAAAGUGGUCAUUUCAUGCAGAUUUAUCACUAUCUUUCUCCACAGUACAAUACAGGUUACAUUGUGCUAUAUAAAUACCUACGCAACAUCCCAAAUAAUUUCUCUUCCAUUCCUGAACCUAUAUUUCAAUAUUUAUAAACCUUUUUUUUAUUGAAGGUUACAACUAAGUUCUUGUUUUCUCGAUACUAAGAUAUCUGACUUGUCUUAUCACUCUAUGCAAUAUUUAAAUCCGUGACCGGGGAACUCUUUAUAAUCAGCUGUUCAGUUCACUAACUCUGUACAUUGUAUUUAGAUGUGGAACCAAUACAAAACAGAUUUUAUAAUGUUUUGAACUUUAAAUUUCAAUCAGUCGUGUCAUAACUCCAAGACUCCAGAAUACAUAUACAAUACAAAAGGUACUUGUACAGUAAGUGA